UUGGCUUCUUUCCCAAUGGCAAUGGAAAUUCCUGUAAGCUUAAAAUUAUCAAGCCCCAUUUUUCACAUAGUGGCUAUGCCUCAUGCAGGCCAAAGCCAUAUCAACGCCAUGAUCAACCUCUGCAAUAUCUUAGCUUCCAAGAAACCUCACAAUAAUAAUCUUCUCAUUACUUUUGUUCUUACUGAAGAUCGGCUAUCUCAGUUUAAUAAUUUUAUCUCUAACACGAUCCGUUUCGAAUCAAUCCCUGAUGUUCUUCCGCCUGAAUCAGUUCGAUCUACGAAUUUUAAAGUAUUCUUUGAUGCAGUUCUGACAAAAAUGGAGGCUCCUUUUGAGCAGCUUCUUGAUCAGCUCCAGCCACCGGCGACUCUUAUUAUGGCGGAUUUUGUAUUGAAAUGGAUGCCUGAUUUAGGAACUCGAAGGAAUAUUCCGGUAGUAUCAUUCUUUUCUAUGUCUGCUACGUUCUUUUCUGUUCUUCUUUACCAAAAUGAACACUACCCUCUCGAUAUUUCCGAAAAUGGAGAUGAAAUUGUGGACAACAUACCUGGAGUUUCUUCAUUUCGUCGCAAGGAUCUUCCAACUUUAACAGUCGGAGAUUCGAGUAUCUUCAACGAAAUAAUGGACGCAAUCUCGUCCAUUUCUCGAGCACAAUACCUCAUAUUUGGUACAAUCUAUGAAUUUGAUCCUCGAGUUGUAGACAUUUUAAGGACAAGAUUCUCAUUUCCCAUCUACACCAUUGGCCCUGUAAUACCCUACAUGAACCUCCAAGAUCACCAUAAUUCUUCUUCCAGCAUCGCAACUACUAGUGCAAUCUACGAUGAUGAAACCGACUACUUCACAUGGCUAGAUCGCCAACCUAUUGAUUCCGUCUUGUACAUUUCUUUCGGCAGUUUUCUUUCAGUUUCCGGUGUUCAAAUGCAGGAGUUUGCAGCUGGUUUAGCUCAAAGUGGUGUGAAAUUCUUAUGGGUGGCACGCAAAGAAGUUGCACUGCUAAAAGAAAGUUUUCAUGAUAAUGAUAAAGCGCUAGAUAGCGGGUUGAUAGUAUCAUGGUGUGAUCAAUUGAAAGUGCUUUGCCAUCCUUCGGUUGGCGGAUUCUGGUCGCAUUGCGGUUGGAACUCUGUGCAAGAAGGUGCUUUUGCCGGCCUUCCGUUUCUUACUUUCCCGAUUGCAUUCGAUCAACAUUGUAAUAGUAAGCUGAUUGUGGAAGAUUGGAAAACUGGUUUGAAUUUGAAGAAAAAUGUGGGAGCUGAUAAUUUGGUAGGGAAGGAGGAAAUUGCUAAGAUUGUGAAGGAGUUCAUGGAUUUGGAAAGAGAUGAAGGAAAACAAAUGAGGAAAAGAGCUAAAGAGCUACAAAAAAUAUGUCAACUUGCAAUUGCAAAAGAUGGAUCUUUAGAAAUUAAUAUCAAAACCUUUUUUGAUGACAUUUCAUACCAAGUUAUCUAAAUUUGUUUUGAGGUGAAUUCCAUUUGUGUUUUUCUUGAUUUGGUCAUUUGAUGAGGAUUAUAACAUUUAUUUAUUUUAUUUA